AUGCACGCGCCGCGGCCGCGAUCCCCAAUCCUCCUCACCCUCGCCGCUCUCCUUACCCUUCUCCGUUUCGAGUGGGCGUUGGCUCAGACGAACAUCACCGUGCCGUCCUCAGAUGAUUCUAUCGUCUACUCAGGCCAAGGCACCGGCGACGCCCUGUUCUGCCAAUACACCACCAACGGGACCAUCAUUGCAGGCCAGGCAGGGUGCUACAACGUCCCCUCCAUGUGCGCCCCCAGCGCUGCGAUGGGGCAGUCGCCCGAGUCUACUGCUGAGUUUAAGUUCAGAGGCUCCGCGAUCUACAUAACAGCCCUCCUCCUAUCCAUCUCCCCCAUCUACACCAUCACCCUCGACGGCCAGUCCACCGACGUCGACGGCGUGCGGCCCUCCCGCGCGUUCACCUGCGCGCCGCUCUUCUCUUCCUCCUCAGAGCUCGACCCAACCGUAGAGCACACUAUCAGACUCUCCAUCAAAGGCCCGUCGCCGAAUAGGAACAUGACGGUCGACCCAGCUGGGCAGAGUACGGUGUUUGGGCUGGUCAAUUUCAUAUACACCGUCCCGGAAGCCUCCUCCGCUUCCAACGCCACCUCGACCGACACCAACACUGACGCUGCUGCGGCUCCUACGACCUCGACCUCCGCCUCCUCCGCCACCUCGACCAACACCAACACUGACAGCUCUCCAGCUCCUACGACUUCGACCUCAGCUGCUGACGGCCUUUCGAUGGGUCCGAAUGGAGGGUUGAAGCUUGCCGCUCUCAGUGCCCUGUUGGGCGUUCUCGUGGUCGUUAGUCUCUGA